AUGCUACCUUCCUUGUUGCCCUCACUCCUACUCGCCGGCAGCCUCGUCGACGUGGCGCUCGCCGGUGUGGCUCAUCAUCGUCGCGAUGGCUCAUCCCCUUCGUUGACAUACGAUCCCAACACCACCACGUACUGCACCUGGUGGGUUGACCUGACCGCGGCCAAGACCUGCAGCGCCCUGCUGAGCGAGAACGCCAUCGACUUGGUCUCGUUCCGAAGAUGGAACCCAUCCAUCACGGACACUUGCGUCCUGCAGACGGGCCACUCGUACUGCGUCGAGGCCUUCUUUGAGCCGCCGGUCAGCAGCACAGCCGUGCCGACCACGACGCCCGCCAGCAAAACGACGUCUACUACAACGUCAACAGCCACGACGUCCACCGGCAACGGCGUGUCCACGCCGCUGCCAACGCAAGCACAAAUCGUCACCAACUGCAACAAGUUCUACUAUGUUCAGUCAGGCGAAUCGUGCUCCAGCGUAGCCACUGCCAACGGCAUCACCCUAGCCCAGUUCCUGGAAUGGAACCCCUCCGCGGGCAGCACCUGCGCAGGCCUCUGGGCCAAUGCCUACGCCUGCGUAGGCAUCAUCGGCGGCGCCACGGCCACGGCCACGAGUCCGCCGACCACCACCACGAGCACGGGUAACGGCAUCGCCACGCCCACGCCCACGCAGCCCAACAUGGUUGGCAACUGCGACAGCUUCUACUUUGUUGUCUCGGGCGACACGUGCGCCUCCAUCACGAGCAAGUCCGGCAUCUCGCUGUCGCAGUUCGUGGAGUGGAAUCCCAGCGUGGGCAGCUCGUGCAGCGGGCUCUGGCUGAAUGCGUACGUGUGCAUUUCUAUUGUUGGGCACACGCCGACGACUCCGACGCCGACGAACCCGGGUAACGGCGUGGCGACACCGACGCCGAUUCAGGAUGGGAUGACGAAGAGCUGUAAGACGUUCCACUUUGUGGUCUCGGGGAAUACGUGCGCAACUAUCGCUUCGCAGUACGGUAUCAGCGUCGCACAGUUUACGACCUGGAACCCGGCUGUUGGGUCGUCGUGUACUGGUUUGUGGGCCAAUACCUAUGCCUGCGUGGCUGUGUUGUAG